AUGACUGCCGGCAACAUGUACGAACCGACUACAUCGCUGAGUCUUCAUCGCUUGAGCAGACAUAGCCUCCAAGAUCGAUACGAGUCAGACGAGGAAGCUGUGUCGGAAUCUGAUACAGGCACCCAAGAUCUACUUUCCUCGCCUGUAGGCUCACGAGCCGGAAUCUUUGAUUCAUAUCUCAGUGCCGACGAUAAUUCCCUGGACCCUGAUUCUGACCGGGAGGAACAUAUCCUCGCUCCGCCAAUAGUCAAACGGACCCGACCCGUCUCUUCUGCCACCAUCAAGAGAAACAGCAAUGCUACCUUUGACGAAGAUACGUAUGUAUUUGAUCCGGAGGAGCAGGUGGUUCUCGAACUGCCACCGUCAGAUUCUCCACCACAACUCGCCUCCAGCACCUUCUUACAGCCAUCGAUAUACGUUUGGCCCAAACCACCGCGGCCAGCCACCUCAAGGUCCCGCUCUACUUCACCCUCAUCGGUCUUUUCAGUAGAGGACGCAGACAUCCAGAUCGCAAAGAAAGUGACCAUGACAGAGCCCCGAACUCGUCCAACCCUGGUCUUGAUCAAUGCUCUGGGGUCACGAUCAAAGGCCUCAAAAUCCCGUCCCAGCCAUUCCCGCUCCCGGGAAAGCAGCCGCAACCGCUCUAUGCUCAUCAGAGCCGACAGCCGACUUACAUUGCCACGCUCGUCAGACGCAGCCAAGUCACUACGAGUCUCCGAGAAAAGAAGUACUAUGAAACAGGCGCCCAAGCCACCCCCAACCCCAGCCCUAGACGAUACACAGUUCGCAACCAGUGCAACCAUCAACCACGUCUCCGAAAUCCCCUCAGUCCUCUAUUUCCCAGCACCACCACGCACACUCCCAGCCCAAGAGUACAGACCCCGCCCCCGAACCCCAGCCUCCGAAAAACCAAUCCCACCACCCCUAAACCUGCGCGCCCGUCGACCCCCCUCAAUGCGCAGCACAAGCGGAAACAGCAUCAACUACACAUCCCGCCCAUCGACACCCUUUUCUGUAGAGGACGCCACGUUCAACAAAGCAAACAACUACGGCGACCUUACUAGAGCAUGCAGCCCAGCCUCAAUCUCAUCCGCCUCAUCAAAGCGCGUGCCCUCAUCCUACAGCGUAUCGAAUAUGCUCACAAGUCGCUCGCCACUGAUGAUGCGUCGCAUGACAAGAAAACACUCCGCAUCCAGCGUUCAUUCGCUAAGUAGUCUCCGCUCCGCGGUAGACGUCAAUGGUCCCUCUUCAUCGCAGAUCUCUGUCGCUACACAGCCCACCCCGCCUCUCAGUGCUGACUCCCAUCUUGUGCGGAAGUCGAGCCAGCGUCGCCAUUUGCGGCAUAAUAGUGUUUUGCCGAGCGGGAGGGGAUUUAUGGGGUUGAAGCUUGGGAAGAAGUCCCAUGCUAAGGCUUAG